UCCACCCAACAAGUUUGAUCAAUUCGUCACAGUUCCAUUUCCCACACUAGUGGCAUUAUUAAUGCGUUUGGGGCUCUGAGGUUCUCUGAAGGAGUGCUGAACCUCCGCGUUAAGUACACCUAUAAACACGCUAGUGAACGCUACAUUUCUCGUGCUACAGAAGUCGACAAUGCUUUAAGAAAUACAGAUUAAAACGCCUCAGCAUCCCAGAUUAAAGAUAGAAAACCUCGGUUUGAUGUAUGCUGUUUCUUUAAGCAAUGAGUUUUUUUGUCCGACAGGAGGCGUGUCUUCUCCACAGCACAGACACAGCGAGUCUCUAGUCUGUAGGACUGAUUCCACUGAGCUAUUGGAACAAAUGAACUACUUUCUCUUGCUCUUGUAACACUUAACAGCUCAUUCUGCUUUUCAAAACCGAAGACUGCUUGUGAAUGGAUUUCUUCUGGAUUUGCACAGCCUAACAUGGAUGUCCCACCAUUCCUUGCAUCGGAAGGUUGCUUCUUGGCGCAGUGAAACAAGAACAUGCAGGGAUUGCUAAUGGAUUUGGGAAGCAUAUGCUUUCUUUUCUAAGUGACCAUGCCGUGAUCCUCACUGAGGGCCAUUACCCUGCAUAACGUCAAUAAAACAACUUCGGGGAAUCUAACAAUACAGGGAAUAAGCACUGUGCAUUAUACAAACAUCAUGAAGAUUAUAUCCCCAAUUCUAACUAAUCUGGUCUUCAGGUGCACCGUUAGGCUUCUUCUGCUGAUAUUACUAUGUGUGGGAUUUUCUCAGGGGAUGCCGCACGUUUUAAGAUUUGGGGGAAUAUUUGAAUCCAUUGAAAGUGGUCCUUCAGGAGCAGAGGAAUUAGCCUUCAAAUUUGCUUUAAACACAAUCAAUAGAAAUAGGACACUACUGCCAAACACAACACUUACAUAUGACAUCCAAAGGAUAAACAUCUACGACAGUUUUGAGGCCUCAAGAAAAGCCUGUGAUCAGCUGUCUCUUGGGGUUGCUGCCAUCUUUGGCCCCUCUCAUAGUUCAUCGGCCAACGCUGUACAGUCCAUCUGCAAUGCCCUUGGAGUUCCUCACAUUCAGACAAAAUGGAAACACCAAGUCUCAGACAACAGGGACUCUUUCUACGUCAGCCUUUAUCCCGACUUCUCAUCUCUCAGUCGAGCCAUCCUGGACUUGGUGCACUUCUUCAAAUGGAGAACAGUCACAGUGGUGUAUGAUGACAGCACAGGUCUCAUUCGAUUACAAGAGCUCAUCAAGGCUCCAUCACGCUACAACAUUCGAUUGAAAAUCCGACAGCUACCAGCGGACACAAAGGAUGCCAAACCCCUGCUGAAGGAAAUGAAGAGGGGGAAAGAGUUCCAUGUAAUAUUUGACUGUGGGCACGAAAUGGCAGCUGGUAUAUUAAAACAGGCAUUGGCUAUGGGUAUGAUGACAGAAUAUUACCAUUACAUUUUUACAACACUGGACCUAUUUGCCCUUGAUGUGGAGCCAUACCGCUACAGUGGUGUUAACAUGACAGGAUUCCGAAUCUUAAACACUGAAAAUACUCAAGUCGCCUCAAUAAUUGAAAAAUGGUCUAUGGAACGGCUUCAAGCACCACCCAAACCAGAUUCCGGUUUGCUGGACGGAUUUAUGACGACUGAUGCUGCCUUAAUGUAUGAUGCUGUGCAUGUGGUGGCCGUGGCUGUCCAGCAGUCUCAGCAGAUCACUGUCAGCUCACUGCAGUGCAACCGGCACAAGCCCUGGCGCUUCGGAAACCGCUUCAUGGCUCUUAUUAAAGAGGCCCACUGGGAAGGCUUAACAGGACGGAUAACUUUCAACAAAACCAAUGGCUUGAGGACAGAUUUUGAUUUAGAUGUGAUAAGCCUGAAGGAGGAGGGCCUUGAAAAGAUCGGAACCUGGGAUCCUGCAAGUAGCCUGAAUAUGACAGAGAGUCAGAAAGGAAAAAUGGCUAACAUUACUGACUCUUUGACCAACCGAUCCUUGAUUGUUUCAACCAUCUUGGAGGAGCCAUAUGUGAUGUUUAAGAAGUCUGAUAAACCACUCCAUGGGAAUGAUCGGUUUGAAGGAUACUGCAUUGACCUUCUCAAGGAGCUGGCCAAUAUCCUGGGAUUCACAUAUGAGAUCAAGCUGGUGGAGGACGGAAAAUAUGGAGCUCAGGAGGAAACAACUGGACAGUGGAAUGGCAUGGUCAAAGAACUCAUGGACCAUAAAGCUGAUCUUGCGGUUGCUCCCCUGGCUAUCACCUAUGUCCGGGAGAAGGUCAUUGACUUCUCCAAGCCUUUCAUGACGUUGGGAAUAAGUAUUUUGUACCGCAAGCCCAAUGGUACAAACCCUGGUGUUUUCUCCUUCCUGAAUCCACUCUCCCCUGAUAUCUGGAUGUAUAUUCUGCUGGCUUACUUGGGUGUCAGUUGUGUGCUGUUUGUCAUAGCCAGGUUUAGUCCCUAUGAAUGGUAUAACCCCCACCCAUGCAAUCCUGACUCCGACGUGGUGGAAAACAAUUUUACCUUGCUAAAUAGUUUCUGGUUUGGAGUUGGAGCUCUCAUGCAGCAAGGUUCUGAGCUCAUGCCCAAAGCCCUUUCCACUAGGAUUGUUGGAGGUAUCUGGUGGUUUUUCACACUGAUCAUCAUUUCAUCAUAUACUGCUAACCUAGCAGCCUUUCUAACAGUGGAGCGCAUGGAGUCACCAAUUGAUUCAGCAGAUGACUUGGCAAAGCAGACAAAAAUUGAAUAUGGAGUAGUGGAAGAUGGAGCAACAAUGACUUUCUUUAAGAAAACAAAAAUAUCAACUUAUGACAAGAUGUGGGAAUUUAUGAGCAGCCGAAGACAUUCUGUACUUGUCAAAAACAAUGAAGAAGGUAUCCAGCGUGUGCUCACCUCUGAUUAUGCCUUCUUAAUGGAGUCAACGACCAUUGAGUUUGUUACACAGCGGAACUGUAACCUGACACAGAUUGGAGGCCUUAUAGAUUCCAAGGCGUAUGGAGUUGGCACUCCCAUGGGUUCUCCUUACCGGGAUAAGAUCACCAUUGCAAUUCUGCAGUUGCAGGAGGAAGGGAAGCUGCACAUGAUGAAGGAGAAGUGGUGGAGAGGAAAUGGCUGUCCAGAAGAAGAGAGUAAGGAAGCCAGUGCUCUGGGAGUGCAAAACAUUGGAGGGAUCUUUAUCGUGCUUGCUGCAGGCCUCGUUCUCUCAGUGUUUGUGGCAGUGGGAGAAUUCUUGUAUAAAUCCAAACAAAAUGCACAACUUGAAAAGAGGUCCUUCUGUAGUGCCAUGGUGGAUGAGCUAAGAGUGUCUCUGAAGUGUCAGCGUCGUCUCAAACACAAGCCCCAGGCCCCUGUCGUGGUAAAAACAGAAGAAGUUAUCAACAUGCACACAUUUAAUGACAGAAGACUGCCAGGCAAGGAGACCAUGGCAUAACUGUUUUGGGGGGUGGGGUUGGGGAUGGGAGGAGAAAGAUGCCCUGAGCACAAACUGUCAUCGUUGUUCAAAACAAUUUGCCAGAAAAUGUUUCCUGUGGAAAUAUGCAACCUGAGCAAAAUCAAGUGAGUUACCUCAUGCAUCUGAUAAGUAGAAGAUGACUGUGUUACAAGAGUUGGAACUUAUCAAAAAGGACUCCAAUUCAGAAUGGAAAAGGAAAAAAAAAUACAGAAAAAACAUUUGAGAUGAACAUCGGAACAUGAGUAAUGCCAGGUGUAGUUUGGGUUUAACUUUUCUUCUCUUGAAUGUUUCAAUGUGAAUUGGUGACUGAUGGUCUCAUGGGCAAGUUCAGUGAUCUUUCAACAAUCAGCUUUCAUCAAGUACUGUUGAGUAAACCAACAGAAUAUGCAUUAUACACAAAAAAAAAAACCCGGAAAGAAACUAGUAGAAAGACUGUGAAAGGGAAUGAACAUUUUUAAAAAUAACUUAAUAUGUUGAAAUAUAUUUUCUAUAGUCUGAAAUCACAUAUAAAGUUGGUAAUAGCUCUUUACCUUGAUAUCACAAAACAGCCAGUCCAAAUUAUUCAAAAAUUUGGACCUUGUCAAGAAGAAAGACAUUAUUACUGCGCCAAUGUUUUACCUCAUGCUACUUUUCCCCCUACUAAGUGUAAAUUUAUUUUUACUUUUUGCAAUACUUUGUUUCCAUUUGUUGUGUUGGUUACAUUAUCAUUAAUUUGAAAUAUACUGCAUAAAACAAUGUGAUUUGCCAUGUUUGUGUUGCUUAGCUGGUAAUCCUCCAUUAAGGAAAGGUAGACAGGCUGUUUUGCUGCCCACAGGAAGAUGCUGAGUUAGACCCAAAGAACUUGUGGCCCAAUUUCAGACAUCAAAUUUAAAUAAUUUGAGUCUCUGAGCUUUUGAAACCCUUUAUAAUUUUGCCCACAUUUUGGCUUGGAGCUUGCUUAUCUAAAAUAUCUCAGAAUUAAUGUAAACAUGGGACUAUUAUUUAUUUAUUUAUUCAUUAUUUAUUGGUUUAUUUAUUUUUAUUGACUACAUUACUUCUGUAAACUCCUACUACAUCUAAAUCCUCACAAUUUUUUUGUUAGUUGUUUUUAUUUAUUUUGAAAAAAAAUAUUCACAUUUAUUUGUGGAAAUGCAAGAUUUCUAUGAAAAUAGUUUUUGUAUGAAGAAAAAUUUUGUAAUAAUUUUUAUCAACAAAACUGAACAUGGGCUCUACUUGUCUGUGGGUGUCCUUGUGGGGUGUGGUGUCAAGCAUGCCUGGUAGUACAUAUGCACCACCAGUUUUCAAUGAAGCUUAUUUUUAUUGUGUAAAGGAAUCCUAUUUAAAGAAAAUAUUUUUACUUCAGGUAAAAAGGCCCUGGUGCACUACCAAUAUUGCUUAUCAUUCUACACCCCUGAUUUCCAAUAGGCUGAUAGUAUACAGUGCUGAACAAAUGUGUGUAAAUGGUUUAAAAUGGAAAAAAAAAUCUAAAAAAUAUAAAAGCUAAUUUUGACCACGUCGUGAAAACAAAAUGGAGUGCACACAGUUUACUGUUUGAAAUUGAUGCACAAGUUUUAAAAAAAUAUUAAAAAAUUCUACACAA